CAAAGGCCCAUCAACCAAAAAGCCUUCGUCUUCUACCUCUGGUCCUCUUCAAACGCCCCGUGAGAGAGGCGAAACUUUCCCUCGAAACCCUAGCCUAGCCACUGCCCCUCGCCUCCUUCCCGCUCCCGCCCGCUAGGAAGAGGAAGAUAUGGGCGCCGAGGAGGACGCCGCUGCACGGCGCGAGCGUCUCCGCGCCCUCCGCGCCGCCAAGGAGCUCCUCUCCACCCCCGACGGCGCCCCCACCCCCGCUACCGACGGAGAACAGCAAAAUGGCAACCAUGAGAUGGCAGAAGAGCUAGCAUUACCAGGUCCUCAGGAUGCAUCUGACGAGGCUGCUAAAGAGGAUGGUAGCCCCACUGAGGAGGCCGAGGAGGUUGAAGAUGAUGGUGAGCUUCCAGCCAUGAAGUUCAGAAACUAUCUUCCCCAUGAUGAGCAACUCCGAGGUGGCAAGCUGGCUCCAGUGUCUCUUCCUAAGUUUGAAGACCCAAUUAGUGCUGAAACUGCAGAACCAAAGGAAGUGGAGAAUCCUUUUGGAAACAUAGCCCCAAAGAAUCCAAAUUGGGAUCUGAAACGUCAUGUGCAGAAGAGAAUUGAUAAACUGGAAAGGCGCACACAGAAAGCGUUGGCUGAGAUUGCAUUGGAGCAGCAGAGGGAGAAGGAAGCCUUGGAGGAAUCUCAAGAUUGACCGACCUGUCUAAGUGACCGGUGGCUCAUAGAUGAUGGUUCGUCUCUCAAGCAGAGGUCGUAAUAUGUAAUAUACCUUUGGGAUGCUUGGUGUGAACUCAAGGAUGUAGCAACUUAAAAAACAUGAGAUGUGCAGUCCUGUUCUGUGUAGACCUGACCAAACAAAGCUUACUGAAUACAAAGCACGCCAUGCUGUGUUGAGCAGAGUGCAUUUGUUCUCUUACAUUUUGGCUUUGAGAAAACAA